AAAGUAGCACCUUAUAGUCCAGUAUUUACGUUAAUUGUCCGUAAAUCAUUGAUCAUUUGUCGAAUGGUUAUACAAGUUUGUAGAUGACUGUAUUGCAUUUAUGCCUUUCUUAAUAACAAGCUUUGUUUUUCCACAGCAGUACAAACAAUGGAGGACACUGGCAGGCUUGGACAAACAGAAAGUUCCAGUGAAGAACAUCUUCCCCCUGAGCAGCCGGGCUGGAGCUUCUGGGUGGAGCAGAAGGAGCCGCAGCCCCCCUACGUUAAAGAGGAAGAGGAGAAGCCCAGCACCAGUCAGGAGAGAGAGCAUCUUGAGGGUCUGGAGGAGGCCAAGUUGCCAUUGAGUGGUGUCAUGAUGAAGAGUGAAGAUGAUGAAGAGGAACCUCACUCAUGGCGGCUUCAUCACAGACGCUCGCUGUCGGACAACGACUUGAGCGAUGACAAGGACUGUAAAGUCGACGUGACCCUCCACGCCGACCACACACACUUGAAAUGCUCGCAGUGCGACAAAACUUUCAGUGACAACUCAACUCUGAAACGACACAUGCGAUGCCACACGGGAGAGAAACCCUUCGCCUGCUCUCUCUGCGAGAAACGCUUCUCUCAGAAGGCGUCGUUGGUGAUCCACACGAGAACGCACACGGGCGAGAGACCUUACACCUGCUCCGCGUGCGACAAAAGCUUCCGCGAUAAUUCGGCGUUAGUGACGCACAUGAGGACACACACCGGGGAGAAACCGUUCCCCUGUCCAUUUUGCGACAAAAGAUUCGCUCACAAGGGACAUUUGAUAUCGCACACCAGGACACACACCGGGGAGAAACCUUUCACAUGCUCCGUGUGCAACACCAGCUUCAGGGUGCACUCGGUCAUGAUGAUACACAUGCGGACGCACACGGGAGAGAAACCUUUCGCCUGCUCGGUGUGCGGGAAAAGAUUCACUCAAAAGGGAAGCUUGAGUAUACACACAAGAACACACACGGGAGAGAAACCGUUUCCCUGCUCGGUGUGCAACAAACCUUUCCGGGUUCGUUCGGCACUGGCUACACACAUGAAAACACACAACGCACAACAACGUUGACAACACUCAUUGUGUCGUUGCAAACACGUGAUCGCAACACUGACCAUGUGACAUCAUUGCCUGUGUGUGUAACGUCGUGUCGCUGACACAAAAAUGUUAUUAUGAUAUUUAAGGAAAGUAACAUUAUAUUAUAUAACAGCAGAAAAGUAAAGUAUUUCAACUUGAAUGGAGAU